CACAAAAAAUAAGUGCGAUAACUCGGUAAAAAAUUGAGAUGACCACAAAAUUUUUCUUGUCAUGUGACCCCAAUGGUCUAAGGUUGUUUUUUUCUGAGCCGAACAAUGUUCCGAUUGAUAAUUAUGGUCAUAAAUAUUUAGCACUUACAUCAUCUGUGAAACUUUUGAUAUGUACGUAGAUAUAUAGAAAAGAUAUUUGAAUGCGCCCUGCUAUUACAAUUUUUGUUCAUGUUCUUCUGGAAGAUGACGUUAAUUAAAGCCUCUCUUUAAUUCCAGCUGCCUAAUACCCCCCCCCCCCCCACACACACACACACACGCACACACGUACAGAAGUACCUUUGGUAAAUGACUGUUUGUACACAUAGUAUAAACUGAAUAGUCCAACUCUUUAAAGUAGCGGAACUAAAUAGUUUAUUUCUGGCUAUUAAAUGUAACGAACAAACGAAAACAAAGACAUGUGUUAGUACAGAAGUAGUGGACACGAAACUAGAAUGCUGGACACAAGGCGGAUGUGGCUUGACCGGAAGUAAAGACCUGCGGCGUCGUUGAUAAACACACCACUAUCUAUUUUAUCCAUUACCCAGAAUUACCAGUACCUUCAGAUGUGGGUUUUCCUGAUAUGUUUGUGUUAUUGUUUAUUUUUAAGGUUGACCUCCGAGUUCGUAUUGUUUUACGAUGGGCUAGAUUAGAGACUCAAAUCAAUCUCCGAUGUUCGAAUAUACCCACUAAGCAUAGCGCCUUGGAUUUCGCAUUUUAAACGAAUAAUUAAAAUGAGCUUUUAGCUUCUCACACGAAACCAAACUUCUUAAUUUUCUUUUUUUUUUUUUUUCUUUUUCACUCGUUUAUAUACCCACAGAGUGCUGUUGUCUGUUGGAGGAACAAUAAACCAGACAAAAAGCUACAAAUCCACUUAUUAUGAAAAAUCAUUUUAGGUCGCAAAUUUUUCUGACUACGAGAUAGAUGUUGUAUCUCCGAAUUUUCAUAUUACCACCGACGAAUUUUUAACAUGGAUCUCCUAAUGUUCUAAAGUCCCAUCCGAACCACAGACCCUCCACGCUAAUACAGUUAACAUGUUUGCGUAGCUAUUGGCAGAUUCCAGUUUAAAGGAAACCCGUUGAUUUUCAUACAUUCACUUUAUCUCUAAGAACAAUCAUGUUUGUGUAUAGUAUUUUCCCACAUAUAUUUUAUCAGAUAGAUAUUCUAAACUAUACCCUGUUGAAAAUACCGAUAUAUCUCAAUAUAUUUAGAUAGCAAUUAGAUACACAAAUUAAUUUUCAACGUCCAAAUAAUCAUAGUACGUCUUAAAAAAACCCCAGUUAUAAUCGUUUUGAUUUUCAUUAAUGUUAGUGUGCAGGGAACGAUAAGCAACAUGGCGGUAUUUCACUGCGUGCGCGUCACAGAACUGAACUACGGAAAAUUAAGGAGGAAUAACACGAAUCUAGUAUGGAAGGAAAGUGGAGAAUAUGUACGAUCAACUGAAACUGAAAACUUUCAAAUUUAUCUCAUCUAGUUUAAAAUGCAGUUUUAGUGAAACGUAAUCUGGGGAAAAAAUCAUUAAAACCGCAACUAGACUCGAAGCCAGUAGCUAGAGAUCAGUAGCUGACACGUUAACCAGUUAGGGUAUUACAUCUAAAAGGAAUGUACAAAUAUUACUGAUAUCUAUACUCAUGUUUCAUUAGGAAUCAGCCAUUAUGACGAUGUGUUAUUCCUCCUUAAGAUAACACUAACAUGGCUAAGAAGACCGCCAUCUUGAUUAGGUUUCAGUGAAUGUUAUUAGUGGUAGUGAACUCUAAAGAUUGACACUGGAAUUAACCCACGUAUAAUCGUCAUGGAUAAUCGUCAAGCCCAAUAUUUCCGUGUAAUUCAAACUAUGACUUGAUCUAGCGGCCGUCUCUCGAUAUGCUAUUUUUUGGAAUUCAAGCUAAAUGUUUCGGUUCCAGCUGACAAAGCUUGUAGCAACAUUGUAUUUGUAAGGCGCAUCUUAAACUUGGCAUUCAUUUCAUAUUCGACAAUUUUACUUAUACUCCAACUGCCCUUUCAAUAGAUGAAAUUCUUCAAAAUAAUGGUGUAUUCUAAUUGCAUUUAAUAUCUCAGUCAAUGGGACGAAUGAAUAUGAGUUACAGUGCCUAUGCUGAAUUUCAAUGCUUCUCAAAAACCCUUACACACAGAAAUGCGUUGCUGGAUUCAGUAAAUGUUCUACCUUUGUUCCUCACUGUGGUGAAAAUUAAAGAAACUUCAAAUGCAUUAUACCACAACAUAUGCAAGAAGUGGUGUGAAUCAAAUGUGGAUUCUAAAAGAUCCCAAAGAUCUUUUAGCAAAUUUGAAAUCAAAUAAUUCUUCGAAAGCCGACAACAUAAAAUGUCGGACUUUUCGACAAGUUACAUGACCAUUCCUCACAAUGAAUUCAAGACUAGACUUUUUGACAUCAUAGACAGCUGCUUCUUCAAUAAAAAUGGAACACGAAUAUAUUCAUAUCUAGUGAUCAAUCCACAGAAUGACUUUGUUAAACAUCUCUCCAAUUCUUCGCACAAGUACUCUGAAUGUGAUACUAUAAGGAUGCUGGAGUUGCUCAUUCAAAAUAUCUACAGUCUUGGAAUUCCCAUGAACACAAAGUGUGCUCCUUUAUCAGUUGACCUGUUUGUAUAUUCAUAGCUUCUGCACGAGAAGAAAAAUAUUUUGCUAUGGCUUUCAACUCGACAUUUGGUUAUAUUCACGACGUUUUGUCUUUUGAUAAUACUCAUUCUAAUUCAAAUGUGGAUUUGACAUAUCCAAGUGAACUCGAAAAUAAAAACACUUCAGCCUUGCAUAUCUGUUUCAUACCUUGAAUUAUUAUUGAACAUGCAUAUAUAGAUGUUAACGGGUGUGACUGGUCGACAGGGGAUGCUUACUCCUCCUAGGCACCUGAUCCCACCUCUGGUGUGUCCAGGGGCCCGUGUUUGCCCAACUCUCUAUUUUGUAUUGCUUAUAGGAGUUAUGAGAUUGAUCACUGUUCACCAUUAUCACCUGUAUACUGAUGAUGUUUAUGUCUCUGAGUCAAUACGCACUUAUGUUCUGAGUAUGGUCAGUUUUUAAAUGGAGACAAACUAAUGACAAAACACUUGAUGUUACAGGGGUUUUAACAGUCUCGCUUAAAGUCAGCAUUUCGCAAAUUCUAUGGAUGUUAUAAUGAUCUAGUUUACAAAUACCAUCUGUCAUUGAAUUGAAUGAUGUCUGACGUGUUGUAUACCCAUUGUUAGGACGUGCUUUACAUACUGAUUGUUAGGACGUGCUUUACAUACCGAUUGGGAUCAAGUGCGGAUUACUCCGUUUACCUGAUUAAGAUGUAGGGCGGCUAUGAGCGGUCAACAGGGUUUCUUACUCCUCCUAGGCACCUGAUUCCACCUCUGGGUGUGCCCGGGGGUUCGUGUUUCCCUUACGCUUAAUUUUGCAUUCUUUAUAGGAAAUGUCCAAUGUUCGUUUUUUUCCCUUUUCAUGCAUGACCUCAAAGUAAAUUACACCGUCGUCAUUUUAACAGUUUCAAUUAUGUAGGUGCUGAAAUUACAGCAAAUCGGACACUUGCGGUCCAUGUACGGUCCGAUCUCAUCGUUUUUUAAUAGAGACCGCCUGUUGGGUUCCGAUGUUGAGAACAGAGCCGCACCCGAUCGAGGGUCUCCAAUGAGGAGCUAUAAUUUGGUGCAAUCUACUAGUAUUUCAGUAAUUGAUUGCUAUUUGAAAUUUUAGGUACUAUGUACUUUUCAUCUACGGCGACAGUCGUCUGGUAUCUAGUUUAGUUUAUAAAUAUUCUAGUCAACACAGAAAAGGACGGGACGGCAGGCUUGUGGUCAUCCUCUCCAUUACUGACCUCAUUGGUCGAACACUGUAAACUAGGAAUGAAAAUAUCUGCCAUUGUACCUCACCAAAAUUUAUACUAAUAUCCAGGUAUUAGUUAUUUUAAAAGACGAAGUAAGGGAAACGUUCAGUACUCUUUUAUUGUCCCAUGGUCGUAUCAGUCAUGUGACUCGCCAUCAAUUGCCUCUGCACAUGCGCAAAAUGUCAUUAAAUCGAAAUAUGACUUAAAGGGACUGGUUCAUGAUUUUUGAAAAAAAUGUCAUUUUUGAUGCUAAAUAUUAGAAAUAUAACUGAAUAACAGCCAACAUUUUGACCUUCUGAAUGCAAGAAUGAAAGCAUUAAUUUAGUCCUAAAUCUGUGUUAUGUAAAGAAAGACUCGAUUCUUUUCAUGUAUACAAACAAACCAGUGAAAUGUUAAUUUUGUAUAACGCAUCAUAAUUUUGCAUAGUCACAAACUGUAACUUUUAGAUGACACAUUUUACCCACAGAAUGUUUGAAAUGUGAAAGAUAUAAACUUAGAUCGAUAGAAAUUUUCGUAAACAAUAACAUACUGCAAUCCUUGUUUACAAAACAAAUAAUAAACUCUCUAACAUGAGGUUCUGUGAUAAUGCAUAACCUUACUUUUUAUGUGAAAUCUUUUAAACACAUUAGACAAUAGAUUUUGAUCAUUAAAAGUGAAAAACAAAAUUUUGGGGAAAAUCGUGAAUCAGUCUCUUUAAGAUUCAAUGUAACAUACAAUGUGAUGGGGAAGGUCACGGUCACAAAAAAAAAAAAAAAAAAAAAAUAGAUAAAAUAAAUAAAUGGAUAAAAUGAAUAAAUAGAUAUAUGAAAUAAAUAAGUAGAUAAAAAUCAGGACAUGGUUAAAAUUUUUCCUAAAACAUUGAACGUCAUAUUUGGAGGAAUUUCUCGGAAACAAAAAUCAAUUAUAAAGCAAUUCCGCAAUACAUCACACCCUUCAAAGCAGGAUUUGUAAAGAUUCACGUUUCUUCUGUUGCAUUCUCACGGAAUAUCAGCUAACAGUCGUCAACUUGCAUUUGUGCAAAGCCGUUGUUUAAUCAGAUUGAUUUUCUUAUUCUCACUGCCUGUACCGGUUAGAGGUGACUUGAAGGUCAUCUUGUGAUCAGCAUUAUAUGCAUGCAUAAUACUUUAAAAUUAUGUGUAAUAUCAAAGUAAAUAAUUCUUAUUUUUUAAUUUAAUUUUAUUUGAAGAUUUGUUGAUAUGUACAGCUUAAGAAAUCCAUUGCGAUCGUGAAUAGUGUAAUUAUCCCGCGUUUGGAAGAAUAGCAGGGAAAACGUUGUAUGAUACACGUAAGAACGUGUUCGAAUGCCUAUGCGCAGUGAUACAUGUACAAGUUGUGACCAAAAGAGGACUUAUAUUAAGUAUCUAUGUCACGAGUAAUUAAGGCAGUCUCACUUCCAAGUCCACAUAGCACAGUUUUCUUUUUAUUAUGAACAAGGUAUGAUAUUCACCCUUAGAAGUUACUUAACACUUGCUUUCAGACACAACUAUGGAAACCAUAGCCCCCCCCCCCCAAUAAAAAAAAUUCCAUCUAUGUUUUUUCCUUGGCGGUUUUAGCGUCAAUGAUGGGGGUUUUUCUCGACAUUUUAUUAUCUAAUUCAAUACUUCCAUAAGCUUGUUUAAGUCAGUUGCCUUGUAGAGUAUUUGUUGUAAGAUUAUUAAACGCCGGCUGUCCGACGGGCUUGUCUGGCUACACCAACGUUUUGUUUGUUGUCUUGUACGCAAAAGGGCUGCAUUCAAAGCUUGAUAUUUCCCCCGCAAUACCACGACAGACGAGACUUGCGACGCACUGUAAUCUGUUGCUUCUUUGUAGAUCACUGGGAUUUUUUUUUAUCCUUUACUGCAUAGUCGCAAACCAUUCUUAUUGUCCCUGUUCACACUAUAUAUUGUAGCCGUCGUUGUGUGAUUAAGGAGGUGCUCUACAUCGUCAUAAUGGCUGACUUCCUUUUAAAACAUGGGGGAAAAUAUAAUUGUCUGCACUAUUUGUCUAUUCAUUUCAAAAAUCUUCGCCUAGCUAGUAGCCCAGUAGGUUAGCACAUGAUUACUGAACUGUAGAUCGCGGCUUCGAGUGCUGCAGGGGUUUUAAUUUUUUUGCAGAUUGCUUUCUACUAAGACUGCAUUUUUGACUAAAUAAAGUAAAUUUGAAAGUUUUCAAUUUCAAAAUAGUGUUGUUCAUACCCUCCAUUUUUCAUCCUUAUCAAAUUUCUCUGGUGUAGCAUACCUCCUUAAGAAAGUCAUCGACUAUAAGUGAAUAUUUACAUGCAUGUCCAUAUACAUGUAUCAACUAAUCGGAGAGCUCCAACAAUUGUGGGGAUGCAAACAAAAAUAUAGAUAAAUAAUUUUUUUAAAAAAAGAAGAAAAAGCCCAUAAAACCCGUAGAUCAUCACAUAUACCUCGUAGCGGAAUAAUCUGAUGAUUGCCGAUUAGGAGGAACUGAUUCAAUAACCAAUAGAAAUCAGUUUAUUGACACAAGAGUAAGUAUGGCAUCUGUUGUUACGGCGGAUUUCAUUUAUUAUAUAACUUCUAAGAGAGUGAUCUAUAAGUGUUUUCCCUGUAAUUAUUUGUAAACAUAUGCUACACGUUUCCUAUAGGUGCAGCCAUUAAAAUAUCAAAAUAUGUUACCGUGACUUUGAUUGGUCAAGAGUAUUCAUGAAAAUCGAUCAUGCAGCCAUGUUUGGGAUAGGGGUAGGUACUCCAAAUCCCCGUAAGCGUGGCUAGUGACGAUGAUAUGCCUUUACUCGAAAUAACCUUCUACAAUAACUUAAUUUUUCUAAGCAUGAAAAAUGUACCAUGUUCUCCUGAUAAUUCUUUAUUUGCAAAUAUCACAGGUAUUAUUUCAGGACCGUAGCGGCGAGGGAUCUUUACCGUGCCAACGCCCACAGUGACACGUGACCUCCGUCAGAAGGUCAUAUCGCAAAGUUCUAUACAGUUCAAUUUAAGAAUGUGUACUGCAUGGUCAUAAUGACUGACUUCCUUUUAAAACUUGAAUGAAAAUAUAAAUAUGAGCUAUAAUUGUAUAUUCCUGUUAACUUAAUUGCCUAGCUCAGAAGGUCAGAUGUCAACUGCAGAACUGUAGGUCCUAUGUUUCGAGUCCAGCAGGGGUUUUAUUUUUCUUUCUAUUAAACUGCAUUUUCAGAUUAAAUAAAGUGAAUUUGAAAGUUUCUAAUUUCAAAAUAUUGUUAUAAAUAUCCUUCACUUUUUAUCCACAUAAAAAUAUGGUGUAGCAUCUUCCUUAAAUGCCGGGCGCUUAGUGAAGGAGCCGUAACUAUCUGUGUUGAACGUCCCAGGUUGAACGCGGCAAUAGGGUCAAUAUACGAGCCCCCUGCCCUCUAGGCUAAAUACAUUUGUAACCUACCAUUGGUGAGGCUAAAUUUCUUGACGGAAUACAAGAAAAAUGCAGGUCAGACCUUUACAAUGUGAAAUAUGUAGAGGUAGAAAAUGAAAUGUAAUUUUUGGUCAUUGAUUCAUUUGUAUAUUGAUAAAUGUAUUAAGAAACAAGAAUAUUGAGAGCAUAUUUAUGCAAACAAUCGCUCGCCCACCUACCUUUCUGGGGGUUACAUGACGAGUUUAACAUUAGUUCGGGAAAUGAAGUGGGGCAGACGGAUGGACAGACGGGGAGGAAACUUGACGUAAUUUUGACUUUCCGAUCAGGGACCAGUACGCGAUGUUUUGUUAUUUGGUUAAUUGACUUGUUAAGGAUGAUGAGUUGUAUCGGGGACUUCCGAACACGCGCACAGCGCCAUGUACAGGCUGUGUUAUAAUCUCACCAUCAACAGAGGUACUAGAAAUGUCUUUAACUAUAGAGUUUUAAAUAAUUCUAAAAAUAUGGGGGGAAGUAUGUAUUAUUUGAGUGCGAUUAUGGCUAUCUAGAUGGAUUAAGGUGUGUGAAAGCACCUCAUAACAUGAACAGUCAUAGUCAUGUUCUUCAGCCUAUUGUUCGCCAUGCGAUGCUAAUAAUGAUAACAUUGACCAUUAAUACAGGGGUUAAAUAAAUACAUGUAAUCACAUUUGUGUAGUUUCACGAUCGCAGCGAAAUGUUAAGUUAAAAUAAGAAUGUCAUAUUGAAUGGGAACUUCUGUCGUUGAUGUUGUCCAGCAUAUUGUAUAAAUAAGCCGAUGGAACAAAUCCAGAUAAUUCUCAAUGGGAGGUAGGUGAUGGCUACCCAGUUUGUACCUCUUCCGAUUCCAAAAGAGAUUGAAGAGUCCAAAUGACAAAAAAUUUAAAUCUUUAGACUUUUCUUCCAAGAAGGGGGGGGGGCAUAAAUCCCAUAACCCUUUACGUUCAGCCGGAGACAGUGAGAAACUACUGAACUUCCGGUGGUGAUGUCGCGUCCAUGACACUAUUCCAUGAUUUUGAUGAGUUCAUCAGUCAUUGUUUGCUUCAGGCUAAACUAAAAUAUCAAGGGAUUCCUGUCUGUGGAUCUGAAAGACACCCCCUGUAUCUGUUCGAAUGUAAGGCUUCAAGUCUUGAUACGGGAUUUCUUUCAUUAGAAUUAUUAUUCCUAAUCAAAAAUACAAUGGCGAUUUUGUAACUUUAUGCGUGCUAGUGUCAGUUACGAAGUUUAUUUCAAAAGAAUACCAUUACAGAAGUAUUCAUAACAAACAUGCGUCGAGCUUAUCAGAUUCCCUUAACCUCCAAUGCAUAGCUUUGAUCUUCUCACUUCCAAAGACUUGAAGAAUGUUUGUACCUAUUGUCUCAUUCUUACGGUUCGCGGGAAUAAAUGAACCUGGAAUUCAUUCCUCUUUGAUACACAGAUAUAAUCGAAUUUAAGAUUGAUUACAUUUGAAAUCGUGACUGUGCGUUUUGUUUCUGAUUUUUUAAAGGAACAUAUUCAUUAGAAAUAUCGUCUGCCGUCUUUUCCAGUAGCGUUCAUUUAAACUUGUACUCGGCUUGACACUGCGUAUAAUUAUCGCAUUAUACGUUACACCCGUGCAUUUGUAUAUGAAAGAACGUUGAUAUCUCGUUAUAUUUACCAAUAUUUUGUUACAAUUGUUUCAAAGAUAUGCAGAUUCAGUGUAUGUUUGAUAUGGAAUACAAGUAAUUUAUUCAUUUAUUUCGAUUGAAGGACAACCUGGGACAAUUUACGCAUUGCAUGUUUAAGCCGUGGAGUGCCCCAACUUAUUUCAUAUCGUAUAAAAUAAUUAGAAAUUACAUUCAUUCCUUAUACAUGUGAUUUAAUCCAAUAAAACGUAUUUGAUGCAUGACCAGUUCUAAGAUAAAUUUAUGAAUUUAUAAUACGCGGAGCAAUAUUGCCGUAACAAAGCAGUAACCGGGUAACAAAACGUAUUCAUUCGGCAAACUUCAGCAGGUUCCGGUACCCUAGAUGGAAUCGACCGAGGUGAUCCGAGUGCAAACGUAUUAUGACGCCGUUGCUAGGAAGUGACGUAAAUGUAGUACGACUACCAUAAACAAAUGGAACACCAUCGUACAUUUCCGUAACCGAAAAACACCCCGAAAUUUAUUUGUUGUUAUGGUGUUCCAAUUGAAAAGUCAGGUGAAUGCUGUUAUGGCCUGUGAGUCUGUUGUAAUGACAACAUAGGAGGAGAGCGUGUAAGAAUUAAGAAAAUGUUUCAUUCAACCCAACAGAACAUCUGAAAUAAUGUGAUCAUAAUGUUCAUACAAAAAAAACCCCAAACAAAAUAUGUAAAAAAUAAAAUAAAAACCAAACAAAAUAUGUAAAAAAAAAAAAAAAAAAAAAAAAAAAAAAAAAAAAAAUUGUCUUGUGGGGAUCGGGGUUAUGAUAGAUCCUCAGUACCCCUGGCUUGUCGUCAGAUGCGAAUAAACGCGGAUGAGACCGCAAAAACCGAGGCCCCGUGUCACAGCAGGUUUGGCACGAUAAAGAUUCCUCCCUGCUCAAAGGCCGUACGCGCAGACCAAAGUCCUAAAUUUUACGUGACGUCUCCAUAUCAGUGAAAAAUUCGCGAGCGGGACAUUAAACAAUUUAUAACCAACUAACAUGAAAUAAAUUGGGGAAGUACAUCCGUUCUGUCUAGAACCGUUCCUUGUUAAUGAGACUUUAGGUCUGAGAAUUGAAAAUCAUUUUUAAAAAACGUCUUUCUAAAGAUAUGCAAGCGAAUUUUAUUGCUAGUGCAUUGUUUUGUAUGAUUUAUCUUUUGUUUCUGACAGAAAAUGUAUAUUGUGAAGUCAAUAAUCAAAGAGAAGCAAGUGGAACUGUUGCAGAAAGCGAACAAGAGCUGUCUUAAUGAGACUACAGGCCGAAAGCAAUCGAUAUCAGGGCUCUACUGCAACCAGACGUUCGACAAUCUCGUCUGCUGGCCAGACACAAAGGCAGGAACUGUGGCCGAACAGAACUGCCCAAACUACAUCAACAAUUUCAAUACUAGAGGUAAAGCUCGGCGAGAGUGUUUACCCAAUGGACAGUGGUACGUGCAUCCGUUCUACAACAGAACAUGGACAGAUUUCUCAGAAUGCCGGAGCAAAACAGAGCCGCCGAACCCACUAAAGGAUCAUCUACCGAUACUGAGCAGGCUGUGCGUGGUGGGCUACAUCGUGUCGCUGGCUUGUUUGUUUGUUGCUGUUUGUUUGAUGGUGAGAUUUAGGAGAUUGCACUGUCAGAGAAACGUGAUCCACACCAACUUAUUCGUUUCGUUUAUUCUGCGAUCUAUAAUUUGUCUUGUUAAAGAAGUGUUCCACACACCAGACGGGAGGUCAUCUGUCGUAAACAACAUUGCGACACUUAUGACAGAGGGAUCGACCUGGCAGUGUAAGCUGGUGUUCUCCUUGUUUAACUACAUCAUCUUGGCUAACUACAUGUGGAUCUUCAUAGAAGGUUUCUACCUCCAUAAUCUCAUCUUCAUUUCCGCAUUUGAGAAAAGUAGACGGUUCCAUCUUUACAUUCUAGCGGGAUGGCUGCUCCCUCUCCUGUGUGUGAUUCCGUGGAUACUGGUCAGAAGAUUCCUCGAGGAUACACUGUGUUGGAGCACUCACACUGUGGAGAAUAAAUUUGUAUGGAUAAUUCGGGGACCAAUUGUGGCCUCCAUUGUGGUAAAUUUCAUAUUUUUCAUCAACAUCAUUCGGGUUAUUUUCACCAAGCUGACAGCCUCUCACGUACAUGACAAACAUCGGUACAGAAAACUGGCCCGCUCUACCUUGGUUCUGAUACCUCUGUUCGGGGUCUACUACAUGAUUUCUGUAGUCAUGCCUGAGUGCAUGGACCCGGAUGUAGAACUCGUCUGGUUGUACACGGAAGGUGGAGUAAACUCAUUUCAGGGUUUUCUCAUUGCCCUGCUUUUUUGUUUUCUGAAUGGCGAGGUUCAGCAGGAAGUACGCAAAAGUUGGAACCGGAAGUGUAAGCUACGACGGUUCAGUACGUCAUCGAGGUCCAGCAGAACUCUGUCUAUCGGGUCAACCAUGUAUGCCAAAAACCUAAAGACCGGUGUUUUAGCUGGAAAUAUCGGAACAGGAAAGAAAGAUGGCAAAACACAGCAUGGACACCAAAUAUUCAAGAACGCCAGCAACGAUUCGGGAAGGGACACAAAGACCGAAGAGAAAGCUCAAAUGCAGGAAGUCCGAAGAUUGUUAUAAUUAUUCACAUAAAAUAACAAAACAGAUUGCUCAUCCCACGUGAUAUUACAUUUGAGACGGGAGCCGUGAAUUUCUGAUAUUGAAUGGUUAUCAGAGGGGGGAUAUGGGCGGGACUUCGGACACUUUGGCCUAUUCGUCGGGCGCCCGUAAAAUCAUCUUUCUCGACAACUUCGUAGAUCUGUACCCAACAUUUCGUUCAGAGUAUUUUACAAGAAUGAAUAAAGUUCUCAAAGCACUUUCACUAGAUUGAGAAAAAGAUGCGAGUUUGUGUCUCACAUUCUGUAUUUCUGUAGCACAAUGGUGAUCUUGUUAUGAGGGAGAGAUCAUAAGAAGUGAAAUGUUGAUGCAGAAAGCGAGACAAAUCAUGAAAAUGCAUGAAAGGCGCACGGAAGGAGUGAUUGUACGGUACUAUGGUCGAUAACGUGGUAACCACCAGAUGAUCGAUGCCAUAUUAAGGAUUGUGAAAAUUAUCUGGAGAUAAUUGGCCGCUUCGCUUAAUUACUCCUUACUAUGUAAUUAUCUGUAUAGUUUACCAUAGUUCACAAUCCAUCAUUAAGAUUAUAGUUUGCGAUACGGAAACCUAUGAUACUUUGAUUGUUUAUGAGAAAAGACAUGAUUCCUUGAAUUCCAUGUGCAUGUGCUUUUAAUACUGUUUAUUGUUCACAACGAUGGUGAUAAUGUUAUAACUUGAAUUGGUAACUACAUGUCACAAAAUAAAUAUUUAGAAAACAA